AAUAUUGUCUUUAUAUAUUUUUUGGAGAUAACAGUAACAGAAAAAUAAGUGGUUCUAAAGGUCCAUAAAUCUGUUUAGAAAAUAAUAAAUUUAUUAUAGUGACAUUGGAAUUAACAAGCGUUUCCUAAAAAAAAUGUCUACGUCAUAUCGCCAACUUAAGGUUCAGGAACUUAAAGAUUUAUUAGCAAAGAAAGGUCUACCGGUUUCCGGUAAAAAAGAAGAGUUGGUUGCUAGACUUAUAGCAGCUGAAGAUAAGAAACCUGUAGAAACAAUAAGUCAGACUUCUAAAAAUAAUAGCAAUACUAACCCUACUCGUAAAAGUAGUAUUGAAAAUAUCAUUAAUAAAGAUCCAGUCGAACAAAAUAAUGAUUUGUUUGACAAAGAACUUAACCUAAUGUCAACAACGGAUAUUACAACUGGAAUUGAUAAUGACUUUGAUUGGGAAAACCUAACUACAGACAUUACUUUGCAAAAAGAUGGAGAGUUUGAUACUCUCAUCUCCCCAAUUUCACCUUCACUCUCAGUAACUUCAAUCAAAGAAUUAUCACCCGAAAAAGUAAAGACAGAGAUCGACGCAACCAGAGGGUCCAAUGAUGUUGCUAAUGUUGAAGCAAAACAGUCAGUUGAAACAAAGAAUCCUUCAUCCAAUGAGGCUAAAACUCUUAAAACAGUAUCGUCCUCAUCGAAUUCUGAUAGUAUUGUAAAACCAUCAGGCUUUAAGUGCAAAAAAAUCGUUUUUGACAAUCUUCCUACGGCAGCAGCACAAAUAAUCCAAGUUCCCAGUAAAAAUCAAAAUGAUUUGGCUUCAGAAUUAGAACGACGAAAGAAACGUGCUGAGCGGUUUGGAGUAAAAUUAUCUGAUGCUGAUAAAAAAUUACAGAGAGCAGCUCGAUUUGGUACAACCGUUUCUAAUCCAUUGGACGCUCCUCUUACAGCACCGAGAAUUCCAAACCGAAAAUCAUCUAUUGUCGAAGAUGAUGAAAAAUUAAAAAAACGUGCAGAAAGAUUUGGACUUGAUAAAUCCAAUACAUUAGCCGAGGAUGAGAAGAAAAGAAAACGAGCAGAGAGGUUUGGUUUGAAUGCGUCAUCAAAUUCUGCUUCUGUAGACAAUCCAUCGUCAACAACAUCAUCAAAUUCCGAAACUAACGAAGAAGAAAAAAAGAAAAGAAGAGCCGAACGUUUUUCUAUUAAUGAUACGAACGGAGAAUCACCGAAUAAGAAAGUGAAGACUUAAUAAAAGAUUCGAUUAACAGGAUUAAAUCGGGUAAUGUUUAAUUGUUUGUUUAAAAGGAUAUAUUAACUUCUUUUUUCUAUAUAUACAUAUAUAUAUAUGUAUAGGUUUGUCCAGAUUUAAAUUGCAGUGUAUUUUAUCGUUAGUUUAAUCGCAGUUUUUUCACUCCCCUUUUUUUUAAUGCUAUAUUUUGCAAUUGCCCGAUUGUGUUGGCGAUAUUGGGCAAAAUAUUUUUAUCUGGUUUGUCUAUAUUAUAGGGGAAUACAAAAUUAAAUAUGGCUUUUAAAUAUACAUUUUUUUCUUUGCUGCUUAAUAAAUUUUUUU